CGUUUUAGUCUAUGUUCCCUCACCGUCUCUCCACGAUUUCUUAAUUCCUUUUUCCGGUUCACUCUUCAUUCUCAGUGACCUGCUCACGGUAGUUGGCGAUUGGCCUCUUACUGGUCGUUGCCUCGCGAUACUCAUGAGCCAAGUCCACUCCUCUCGAUCCUGAUUGGCGACCUCACUCAUCCUUCGCUGCCAGAACCUGAGUUCGAGGCUUCAAGCUCAGCUCCGUGCACCCUCAUUAGAAUAACCUUUUGCUGCGCCAUUUUUUUUUUCCUUAAAAACCCUUGCUUUUCCCCUAAAGAUUUUCUUUUUUCAAUUGGUAAACAAUUUUACCCUCUUGGAGUACCUCAACUUGGCAUGUUAAGAGAUUUCUCUUGGGCAGCCAGACCACUUCCAAUUUCUGUUAAUAUUAGACAGCAGAUUCAACGAUUAAGAUAUCUGCAGAUGGAGGAAGAGUCACAGACGCAGACACCAAAAGAAGUCCAUGUUCACUUUAAUCACACAGAUUCUUGCAAGUUUUCCAGAUGGACAGCCAGGGAGAGCUUUCAAUUCAUGUAUGCAAGGCCUUGGCAAGAAGUUGUUGAAUUUUAUUCGAAUGUGGUGAACGGGCACUCGUCAUUGUUAGAGUUGUUUGGAACUCAGAUGCCUUUUGUUCAUGAUGAUGUAAAAAUUCAAGAGAUCUCCUGUAAGACUCAAUUAGACGAUUCUUCAAAUAAAGAAAAGUUUGGUAGGUGGGCAAGAGUAACAUUCAAGAUAGUUCUUUCAUAUAACGGGGGAUCAUUUGAUGGGUGGCAGAAACAGCCUGGCUUGAACACUGUCCAGGGCUUAGUAGAAAGGUCGCUUGGGAGAUUUAUUGAUGAGAAGAAAUCUCAACAACUAAAGGACAAGUGUAAACCCCUCAAAGGUUGUGCUGUGGUAGCUGGGCGCACGGACAAAGGUGUCUCAGCUCUUCGACAAAUUUGUUCGUUCUAUACUUGGAGAAAGGAUGUUAGACCUCAUGAAAUUGAAGAUGCCAUCAAUAGUUCAGCACCCGGAAAACUUAGGGUUAUAUCCGUUUCUGAGGUUUCACGUGUAUUCCAUCCUAAUUUUUCUGCCAAAUGGAGGCGCUAUUUGUAUAUUUUUCCACUUAAUGAUGGAGAAGAGAGGGAGGAUCUUGAAAAUUUUACUACUGAUGAAAAAUAUGAUAAACAAAGAUAUGGAUGUGGUGAAUUCACUAGUAGGGAGAAUGGGGAUAAAUCUAUUACUAGCGACAAAUGUGAGCUCGAAGGUGCGAAUAAGCCUACAACAUUCAAUAUAUGCAAAGUUAACAAGCUUUUACAACAGCUAGAAGGAAAAAAGUUGUCCUACAAAAUAUUUGCACGAGACACCAAAGCUUCAAGAAAUGAAGGUCCACCAACAGAAUGCUUCGUUUAUCAUGCUCGAGCCACAGAGGCCAGAUUACCAUGUUCAGUAAAUGAUCAUGCAGAAGGAAGAAAAGUUAUGUGUGUUGAGCUGGUGGCUAAUCGGUUCCUGCGCAAGAUGGUCCGAGUUCUUCUGGCAACAUCGAUAAGGGAAGCGGCUGCAGGUGCAGAAGAAAAUAUAUUGCUAAAGCUGAUGGAUGCUUCAUGCAGACGUGCAAGCGCUCCCCCAGCACCCCCUGAUGGACUUUGUCUUGUUGAUGUAGGAUACACUGAAUUUGAUCCGCAAAACUGCAUUGUCCCUUAAAGUAUGCUUAAUGCUAGAUUAAUCCAAACUAUAUUUUUUCUUCUUUAAGUUCAUUCUGUAGAAUGGAGGAGGUGAGGUUUCUCUUAGGAAUUUAAUAAUUUCCUACUCUAAAAUCUUUACACAGAAAUGAAAAAGUGAAGCUGCUGUAA